AUGAAUAGAAUUAUUCCAAAAUCGAGGCGAAAUCGGCUUCUUCUUAUAAUACUGUUAUUUAUAGUGGCAUGGUUUUGCCUUUAUCCUCUUGAAGCUUUCAUCUUUAAUUUCAGUGAUAUUAACCAAACUUCGGUGAAAAUUUUCAAUGUAGUGAAUUGUUCACUUAAUGGUAUGAAUUUAACCACUUAUCCUGAUUGUAUCGCGAAGAUUCACUGGAUGAUGAAAAAUUGGAAAACAGAUAUUUGCUAUGGCCAGAAUGGUGUUGAUGGAUCUUUAUGUUCAAUAUAUAUUUAUUUAUCGGAGAUCGAACGUCACUGUCCUCUUCUUCAAAGACAACUCUCUUCAUUUUCCGUUCCAAAUAUGAAAAAUUUAUUUUCGUUGAUGCAUGAUAGUAAUAUUAAUUAUGAAUUUAUAAAGAAAAGGAUCAAACAUUUAUGGAAUAAAUGGAUUGAAGCUUAUGAAAUGAAUUCUGCCAAAUGGCCCCAAUCACUGCCAAAGCGAAGACUAAAUAUUAUUUUACAUCUUGGUUUUUUAACUAAAGAAGCUGGAUUAAAAUUUGGCGAAAAAUCUGAAUUUGGCGGUCCGUUAGGCGAAUUGGUUCAGUGGUCUGAUUUAAUAGCUGCUUUGUACAUAUUGGGUCAUAAUCUUUCAAUUUCAUCUCAAUGCUAUACGAAUUCAUUUUAUAAGCAUGUUUCAUGUCCAAAUAAAAGUGCUCGGAAAUUUGAUCUGAUAUUCACAGAUAUUAUCGCUUUGCGAUAUAUGAGGCGGAAAAUGAAAGCAUUCUUUUUACAAAACAGUUGCAUUUUCCGAGUGCUUGAUUCGUUUGGAACACAUGCUGAAUUCAAUAAUAAUGUUUACUAUUUGGCUCAUAAGCAAGAAUUGGGUGGCACAAAAAAUCCUUGGGGAGGGAAUGGUUUGAAACUUAAGCAGUUUUUGACCAUGUAUCCUCAUACUGAUGACAAUAGUUUCCUUGGUUUUGUUGUUGAAACGCAUACCGAUAAAGUUUCACCGAAACGGAAAAAUGCUACAUUGGUAUAUGGGAAAGAAAUUUAUAUGUGGGAGAAUGCGAAACUAUUGUUAGAAACAGUAGGAAAAUAUACUCAACUACACGCAACUGUUAACUAUAGCAUGGAAAAUUACACUGUGGUUAAUCAUGGAAUAUUGUCGGGUGAUAAGUUGCAUUCAUUGUUUAAAAGCGUGAAAAUUUACCUUGGGCUCGGUUUUCCUCUUGAAGGACCGGCGCCAUUAGAAGCAAUUGCAAAUGGCGCUAUCUUUAUUAAUCCACGGUUCAAUCCUCCAAAAUCUCGCAGAACUUACAAAUUCUUCAGUGAAAAACCAACUUUAAGAGAGUUGACGAGCCAAAAUCCUUAUGCAGAACGUUUCAUUGGUAAACCUUAUGUGAUUACAGUUGACAUCAAGGAUAUGAAUGAAAUUUUAAAAUUUUUUCUUUUCCGUUUCUCAUUGCCUCGUUCCUAUAUACCUUUUGAAUUUACAACUAUUGGUUUGCUGCAGAGACUGAAUGUUCUCGUGAAUAAGCAAGAUUUCUGUUUGAAUUCCGAUUUUCCUCCAAAAAAGGCUGCCAUAAUUUUGGAUGCAAAAGAUGGACAUUUCAGAUCUUCGUGCAGUCAUUUGUCGAAUGUUUCUAGUCCUUUUGCACCUUACAACUGUAAAUUGCAGAUGGAAAAUUCUCUGUUUAGCUGCGCAUCUAAACCCGCUAGAGGAAUUUCUCGAAUAUGUCCGUGUCGAGAUUAUAUUAAUGGUCAAAUAGCAUUAUGUUCUCUUUGCAUUUAA